CGCCGUGCAAUCCCGGGUUUUCCGGGCCCCGCUAAUGUCACGUGUGUGUCACCGGGAACGGCGACCCCUGAUCGGGAUUCCGAGUCGGGGAUCUAAGGUUUUGGGAGUGGCGCCUUGCUGCAGCGGUCACGCCGACUUCCUAGGCACUCUGGUUUUCCUAGGUCUGGAGCUGCCUCUGCCUGGUUUCUCCCUUUGCUUUCCACUUCCCCGGCUUACAUAUUCAAUUGUACACCUUGGGAGGGGACGAAAGAUCUUGAGCAGCGGGAAGCAAAGAGGAGAAAGCAGGGGAGAUUUAUUUUCUGAGUGACUGGCAUUGACUUGUGCUCUGAGCAUGUUUGGAUGAGCAAGACCACAGGAAACUCAGAGGCUUGAAUGGGACUCGAGAGAUAAAGAUUCUAUCAGGCGAGCGCUGCAACACAGCAAUGUGGUCAUCAGUCUUACUGGACAAGACUGGGAAACCAACUAGGCAUUCCACAGCACCACUGUUGAUGUCGUCUAUGAUGUCACGAGGGUGGCGGCCGUCAACAUUACAGUCCACAGACUGGGCAGUCCCCAGGAUCUCUUCAGUGGUUCCAGAGAGUUCUCUGGCUAGAGAUCCGUGCCACAGCUCUCAAGCAAUGUUGACAUUCUCAUCGAAAGUGAUACUCCUGCUGUGUUUAAUGUUUUUCUGUUUCUUUCUGUCUCUUGGUGGUUCCUUGAGGACUUUGAUGAUCAGGGCAGAAGAAGGCGGCACCAUCUCAAUCUGUGCCUGUCUGCUCUGAAUGGUCAGUUUCACUGUAAUCCUCAGGCCCUUCCAGUCACCUGUAGCCUUGGCAAUGUCUUCACCAACCUUUUUUGGAGACAGACCCAGGGAGCGGAUCUUGGGGGCCAGCGCAGAAGUGGCACCGAAUUCCCCCCCGGUGCACCUCAGGUGUACAACGUGGACCUCGUUGGGGUUGAACUUCGGUGGCAUGGUGGAGGUGGCUGGUGUUGUAUGAACCCAGAUUCGGGACAACUGAAGAAAGUUGCACCUUGGCCUCCUGCGAGUCAAAAGCCGAAAAGAUGUUCUUGAGCUGCUGUGCACAAAAUCAGGUCAACACGUCUUGAGCACUUGGCCCUGGACCAUCUCCAGACCAGAGCACACCGGCUUUGUUUCCUUAGGAAUGAAAGAAGUGGGAUUGCUGGAUCAUAUAGUAACUGUAUGGUUAACUGUAUAAGAAAAUGCCAAAGUGUUUUCCACAGUGGCUGUACCAUUUUGCAUUCCCGCCAGCAAUUAUAAGAGUUCUAGUUCGUGCUGGCGGGCGGGCGGGGUCUGGUGGUUUGAACAAGAAGAUGGGACUGGAACCGGGUGCAGGCAGUGGACACGGUUCCACCGAGAGCAGAAGAUGGCAGUGAAAGUAUACUCAACGUCAGUGACCAGUGAUCAUCUAAGUUGACAUGACAUGCUGGCCUGGAUCAAUGAGUCUCUGCAGUUGAGUCUAACAAAGGUUGGACAGUUGUGCUCAGGGGCUCAGGGCUCAGUUUAUGGACAUGAUGUUUCCUGGCUCCAUUGCCUUGAAGAAAGUGAAAUUCCAGGCUAAGCUAGAACACGAGUACAUCCAGAACUUCAAAAUACUACAAGCGGGUUUUAAGAGGAUAGGUGUUGAUAAAAUAAUUCCUGCGGACAAAUUAGUAAAAGGAAAGUUUCAGGACAAUUUUGAAUUUGUUCAAUGGUUCAAGAAGUUUUUUGAUGCAAACUGUGAUGGAAAAGACUAUGACCCUGUGGCUGCCAGGCAAGGUCAAGAAACGGCAGUGGCUCCUUCGCUCGUUGCUUCAGCGCUGAAUAAACCGAAGAAACCUCUCAGUUCUAGUAGCGCAGCUCCCCAGAGGCCCAUCUCAACCCAGAGAACUGCUGCGGCUCCUCAGCCUGGCCCUGGUGUGGUGUGGAAGAGCCCUGGUGUGGGCGAUGGGGAUGACGAGGCAGCUGAGCUGCAGCAGGUCAACGUAUUGAAACUUACUGUUGAAGACUUAGAGAAAGAGAGAGACUUCUACUUCGGAAAGCUACAGAACAUUGAAUUGAUUUGCCAAGAGAAUGAGGGGGAGAAUGACCCUGUACUGCAGAGGACUGUAGACAUUCUGUAUGCCACAGAUGAAGGCUUCAUGGUACCUGAUGAAGGGGGUCCACAGGAGGAGCAGGAAGAGUAUGAACAGCCUGGACCAGCAAAGCAACAUCCAAAUUCUUCACUCCAAAUCAUGUGCUUAACUGUAAAAUACUCCCUUUUAUUAUCCUUAGAGGACUCACUGUUUUCUUUUCAUAAGCAAAAAGUACCUCUUCUUCCAGCGCACUUUGCAGACGUUUCACUCCUUCUCCAAUAAGAUUGAGUUAGGAGCUUUUAACUUGUGGCAGAGCAGUAUCAACAUCUAGUUGGUUCCCCUGGGAAACAGAGGCUGACAUGGGGCUCGCUGUGCGGAUGCGGGUCACACUGAGUGCUGGAGGAGGUGUAUGUCAUAUGCCGAGGCGGUGACCUCAGUGGAGUAAUGUAAAGACUGAAUUGAAUUUUAAGCUAAUGUGAAAUCAGAGAAUGUUGUAAUAAAUAAAUGCCUU